UUCAUCUCAGACUAUGAAGAUGAAUCUCCGCUCACAGUCCUGCAUGACCUCCAAGGUGAAAUCAAGACUCAGAAGCAAGAUGUUAGCGCCAGUCUUGGUAAGAUUUGCUCUGAAAAAAAAGCAGUUCAUGAAUUUAUGAAGGCAAGUGAACUCUUGAUGCAAAGAAAUGCAGCAGAUCUUGGAAAAAUAAGAGAGCUGUUCCAGAAAUAUGGCUACAAACCACAUGUCAAAGACUCUACAGAAGAGGAUGAUGAAGCUAAGAGUGAAUCAGCAAUGUGUGCCCAGAAUAAAUCUGAUGCAGAAAAAGCAGAUGCUGUGCCUCAGCUCAGUGCUCCUGCAGAGGAGGCGGCGCUACCCAAAGACGCGCUGCCCGUCCCGCAGCUCUCCGACUUCGGGCUCUCGCAGUACGCCUUCCCCCGGCCCUGGGGCGCCCUGAGGGCACAGCACAGCUCCAGUGCACGCCAGCCAAAGGCCCAGAGUGACACUCCACUGAGAGUGCCAACGCCUCAGGCCUUGCCCAAAACACCCAAAUGUAAGCUGAAAAUGGAUGACUACGAGUGUGUGACACCGAAGCUUGAGCACUUUGGCAUUAGUGAACAUACCAUGUGCAUGAAUGAAGAUUAUACCAUGUCACUUAUUCAGAAAACUUCUCAGGCUAUCAAAAAGUUUGCUAAAAGAGGAGAUGAUAAUGGAGGGAAUUUGCCAGAAAUGACCAUCAAGGAAAUCAUGGUUACUCCUUCAUCAAAAUCAAGUAAGAGAGCAGAGAAUGCAGCAGCUGACUGGAUGUCUACUCCUAUGGUAUUUGUGUUCUGUACUCCUGAUGUGAAGGACUCUUCCAAAACAAAUAAUACAGUAUUAUCAAGCUCACCAGAGACCAAGGAACUGCCUCUUCCCAGUCAUGCAGCAACACCACAGUGUCCAGAUUUUCAAACAAGAUGGCUAAAAGCAGAAGCUAAGCAGCAGGUAACACCAGGGACAAAGCUUGAGUCAGUGACAAAGAAUGAUGCAAAAGAUGCACCAUACAAAGAAGAAAGAACUCCUUUUGCUGCAAGCUCUCAUGAGUACCUUAAACAUACUGAGGACCCUUCCCCUCCCAAACUGGAACACUAUGACCAUUUACUCAAUACUCCUCCGCCUCCAGAAAUAACAAGGAUACCAGAUAAUGUUCUAAAGAUGCUUUCCCAAUAUAAUCAUAAGGGAGACUCUUCUAAAGCCAAGGAAAUGGAGAUCAAGGCAGGAAAUACUACAAGAUAUGAAAGUGGUUCCAGGGAUUACAGCAACAAAGAGAACAGAAGAUAUCGUGGAGUUUUCAAGACAAACAUCUGAAAUGAAACUGAAGACCAUGUUGAAACUUUCAUAUUCAUGGAUCUUAUCACCAAAUCAUAACAUGUUCAAAAAGCAAAAGGAAACACUGGUGGGAAGAAAGAGCCAUACCAAGAACCGGCUUUUUUAAUGGAGAACAAUUCUUUAUCCAUGAUGUGGAUGUACUUGUUUGAACUAACAGCUUGUGCUUAAUACUCUGUUGACAUUAUUGGCAAAAUGAGGGGUUGUAAAUAUAUUGCACUUCAAAGAGGAAUGGAGAUCCAUGUACAAGGUGGUGCUUCAGUUGUUUGUUGUGUAGGAUUGCAUUUUCAGUAGGCUGUAGAGUGCAGUUAGAUUGUAAUAAAAGGAAAGUCCAGUAUAUUGCUUUCAAAAGUGGAUAUCUCUGGAUAUCACUGUUCCAGUGACUCUGCAUCCUUUCAGGGCUGAAGUCUGGUGCUUCAACAGUAUUUGAUAUCUUCAACAGAAACAAGUAAAUUUGUUUUGUAUUGGAAGAGUAAUUCCUGCUUUACUGUUUAAAGCAGUUCUGUGCUUUUAAUCCUUUCUGCAGUGCUAGGAUGUAUCUGACACAUCCCUGCACCAGACUGACUGUUACCACUCUGGCAGACAGGCAUUUCCCAUGCAGCUUCUUUCUUUGUGCAUCAACAUAGUAUCAGGUGCUAUGCAUCUGGUUUCUUUGUAGCUCUGGAAGGUGACUCCGGCUCUACUGUGAAUCCUUUGAAAUGUGCAAUUGUUACUGGUUAUGUGUACCUUCAGCUGCUUGGAAGAAUUUGGUGGCAGGCCUGUAGGCGAUUGCCUCCUCUCCUGCUGCUGCCAUGUGUAUUCUCUUCAGUGCUGGUGUCAUUUCUAAAUGUGCACAUCUAACCCAGCUGACCAAGCUGAAGUUCUCAGAGCUGUUUGGAACUCUUUUGGUAGUCAUAGGAAUUAGGAUUUUUUUUCUACCAGCACUUUUAUUGUUUUCCACCAGAAACCCAGCUCCAUAUCCUUAUUUGGAGCCAGUUUGCUGUUUCCAGUGUCAGCUGUUCCUCUAAGUGACUCCAGGACUGUUCUUACUAUUUGUCUUCCAUUUGAUGACUGAAAUUCUGUCAUUUAUGUGAGGGCAAACAUGCAACACAUGAGAAGGGAGAGACUAUCGCAGGAGAUGGGGAUAAGUGGAUGUUUUUCUGAACUCAGCUCCACAUUUUUUUUAAGUCUUCAAGAUAUGCAAACGUCUAGAGAAGCCCACAAGUAUUUCUUUAUUUGUUUAGAUUUGUCCUGGUUAAAACUUAACAAGUAAAGGUGCCUUUUCCUUGCUAUUACAGUCAUUUUCCAGGAUAAGUGUACAUCAAAUUAAUGGGAGACAGUGAUUUUCUACUAGUUCUAACCUGAGCACCCUGUCAUUGAAAAUGCUAGUUUCUGUUUAAAAUUAUGUAUAUAUUAAUGUGUCGGUCUGUGAGCUUAAUUAACACUUUUGGAUACUAAAUAAAUCUGUCUCAAAUGCUUGGUGUCUGCUGUAAGAACACUUAUUUAUUCUACCCAUCCUCCUCCAAGAGUGACGGCCACACCUGCUUCCAGCUUUUUCAUAGGUUAAAAACCAGUGGGGUAAAUGCUGGUCCUGGAAUUUCAUGGCUUUGGAAAGGUACAAAGUAUUCUUGCUGCAGAGCAAGUGGGUUUCAACCAGACAGAUUUACCAGCACUAAAGAGGAGGGAUUUCACAGCCUGCAGUCUCUUUCUUGCCCUGCAGCAAGCCAGAUAGCCUUUUAACAUGAAAUGGAACAAGCAGCUCUACUACAGACCUUGCUGUAUUCCCCCUGCCUUCACCUAAUGAAAUUCACAAAAGGGUUUAGAGAAGUCUUUUCCCUAAACUUGAGAACAACUCAGCACUCCACUGUGCUUUCCUUUCCUCUGCUAGGGAAGUGUGGAGCUGUACCCUGCAGUGCUGGGUUUCUCACUGCAAGGCACUUGGAUAAUUUUGCUUGCCUAUUAAAAUUUUCUGCUACACAUUAUUAACUAAUGAUUAUCUUCAAUAUAACAAUUGAAGUCUUAGAGUCUUCUGGUCUACUCAAGCUGUUGUGACAUGAUACAGGGAUGAGACUUUUUGGAAUCAAGAAAUGAAGUUGUAUGCAUCAGUUUUGUAUUUCUUGCCUUCAGUAUUACUCCAAUACAUGUAAUAUUGUUGUUUGUAUUUGUAUUCUUUUUUAUAGGCAAAGCAUAGCUCUGAGAUAGAUAAAAUCAUGGCAGCAAAACAAAAACUAAUUUUAGUUUUUUGUACUUCACCUUUGAAACUCUUUUAGGUUUCAGGAUGUCCUAAACAGUAGUUUGAGUAAUGGGAAAUGACAGCAGUGAAAGUGUAAGCACUGGAACAGGCUGUUUAGAGAGGCAGUGGAGUCUCCUCCUGUGGAAACAGUGAAAACCCACCUGGAUGCAAUCCUGCUAUAGCAUGGGGGGUGGGACAGGUGGGUGUGUGGCUGCCUGAUAUACUGGAACAACCACGGAUGCAGCCAUGGGGCUGGAGGAGGGUAAAACUGCUCUUAGGCCAGUGUUGCUGCUGGAGAAAGGCUCAUCCAGCUGCACUGUGAAGUAAACAACCUGUCAAAGUGGGAAUGACGCAAAAUAAAUUUUACAAGUUGGUUUGUUGUGGGGUGAAUAUCUUUACCAGCAUUGGCCUGUAAGGUUGGAUAAACAGUAGCUAUGUAAGUAGCAAACAGAGUGGGUCUGUGAGAGACAGCCAUCACCUGAAACAAGCAAAGUUGCCAGAGUACAGUUUUGUGUUGUGCUUUAUUUAGUUUAACUGGGGGCUGCUUCCACUAGAGGCUGUUUCACCAUUCCCUUGCCCAGAUUUUAAGGUUUGUACGGUUUUACAAUAGAUUUCUUCAUUUCCCAAGACACAGAAAGGCUAAUUAUUUUUGUCUUCUCAUCUUGUUUGUCCUUAGCAACAGUAAUUUCAACCUCAACUUUUGCCUUUUGCCCAUGUGAGUGCUGCAUUAGAUGUAAGGGAAGAGUGAGAAGGGAGAUCACAUCUCCUAGCAGUGCCUGCUCUCAGAAAAGAUUGAACCCAGAACAAAAUUGCUCUUCAGUAUUCAAAAACAUCUGGGAAAUAACAAAAAAAAAUCAUAGCCUUUUCCUUCAUUUGCUCUAGUUCUUAAUAUUUUUUCUUUUUCUUUUUUUAAAGUAUAUCAAAUGUGUCAGCUAACAGAAGCUUCUCCCCCUAAUCCCAUUUGUUGUGAAAGGAGCAUCUCAACUGUUCUGCCCAGGAGCCCCUUAAUAAGGUGGUCAGUGCUUUCUUAUCUGGGAAAUACUUUGCCUGGGGUUGAACACAAUUAUAGGUCUCUCAGUGAAAUGAAACUUCCCAGAUGGUUGUCAAAGGGAUAAUUGACAAGGAUUACUUCCAGUGAUUCCCAUUGUGCUUUUAUUGAAGAUUUUAUUAACCACUGGAACAAUAAUUGGAGUCCAGACUUCCUUGUUUUUUUAAUCUACCCUGGCUUCUUUAAAUUUCCUGUAAAAUGUUGCAUUUGCUUUGUUCUCACUUGUCACUAUUCAAAUGUUCCAGCACCCAUGGUGGUUGCAUGUGCUCCAUCAACAGCUGUAGCUGGUGUUGGAUCUGCCUUCUGUUUUGGGAGUACCUUGUUGUUCCCCAUGGGACAAUAAUACAGAUAGUGUGAUGUUUAUAAGGAGCAAAGACAAUAUCCAGUGGCCACACUAUGGAAUCACAUGUGUUAGUCCACUGGAGCACAAUUUUCUGCCAGGAAGAUAUUGGCUCAUGCAGCCUAUAUCAACUUAAAUGUAAAACCUUAUGCUUCUCUUACACUAAUACCUACUUUUACAAAGGGGCAGUUGACAUCAUAGCAGGAGCUGACCAGAUCCAGGAAUUUCUUUGAACCUGUCUUGCCUAAAUCAGGUUGAAGAGUUUAAAAAAAAAGUAGCACAAAUGUGUCUGCAUGGGAAAAGGUCCAUGGAAUAAGAUGCUCUGCCACACAGGCAUUUAUCCUGAGGAGGGGCCAAGGAAAGCAUAGUUUGCAGAAUACCCAGAAGGAAGGUGUUCAGAUGCUUCCACAAUUUUUGGCAUAUUGUAUUCUUGGCUUAAAGCCCUGGGGUUACAUUCUCUAAUGAUUGCUUCUGAAAUUAUUGCAAACCAAUCUAGAGCCUUCUGCACGUUCCCACCUUUCCUCCCCCAGCUGCAGGUCCCACACCAUAGGUUGUCGGUUGCAUCACAGCAGUUGUGACUGCAGGGAACUCCACUCCUGCUUGCCCAACCACGAGGAGCUAAUUACUGUUUUCCAGGAUUAAAUUGUUCAGGUACUGUGCACUGACCCAAAUCACUGCCUGCCUGCAAAGGCAUUGAUGGUUGUUGAGGCAUGAGAAGGGAAAGGACAGGCGUGGCAGCCAGGAUGUCCUCCUUCCCUGGCUGGGUGAAUCCUGUCUGUCCAGCUGCUUUGGUAAGGUUGCCUAAGGCUCUUCCUCCAUAAUUGGCAGACUGGAAAUACCCCACAGAGGGUCCCAAACACCCCAGGCCCUCUGAAGCCAGCCCUUAGGCAGUUAACACCUUGCCCCAGUGUGCCAGCCAGGCACUCCUCACCACCCACAGGUGUUUGUGGCCAGGUGCACAACACCACAUGGCUGUUUUGCAAGGCAUAUUCCUCAAGGGGAAAUGAUACUCUUGCUUUUAACCCAUCUGAGUUGCACAAAGUCCAGACACGAGGGCUUAGACAACAGCAGAUCAUUGGAUUGUUUUGGUUUUGGCAGGUUGAACCUUAUCUGUUGCGUUACUUAUAGUGCUGUUCUUUGAAUACUACCCUAGCUGUCACCAUUUACCUGCUCUGACACAACAGGACUUCAGAGACCUCCUCAUUUUCCCUGCCUUCCAUUGCAAAAGUGAGAACUUGCUUUUAUAAUAAUAAUGCUUAAUGUGUUCCUGCUGCAUCCCAGUGUUUCUGCUUUUGACCAGAGCUGUACAGUAAAAUUUAAUUCUCCACAACUGCUCCAGUCAGAUAGCAAACACGGAGGGAGGACUGUUUGGUGCUGCCAAGGUUAUUAAAAAAAUGUGUGAGAUGUCCUCACUCUUUAAAUUAAGAAGGAAAUUAACCUCCAUACCGGGACCUCUCCCAAAAAUGUUACAGAACUUACAUCAGGCUUGUGCUGCUGCUACUGGAAAGGAGCUGGCUUUCUGAUGCUGUAGUCCCUGUUUGUGGACGUACGUACAUUUGUGUGUAUACACACUUGUAUGUGCCUGCACUGGAGGGUUGAUGAAAGCAGAAGGUGACUGUGAAAACUUAAUUAAGGCCUGAGCAUGUGGAAAAGAAUCUUUUUUCCUCCCCAUGAUAACUGAAAGCCUGGCUAAUGAUCAACAGUUGCAUCAAUAUUUAUGUAAGGUGUGACAAGGUUGAUGGUGUGGGGAUUUUUGGUGAGGAAAAAAAGUAGUAUUUUUGAUAUACCUUCUUUUCUGUUUAUUAGAUUGAAAAAAAGCAUUGGUUUAGGUGCACAAAAUGAGGAGGGAAAAUUAGAACUAAGAGCCAAGUUUGUUUGGGGAAGCAUAGCAGAGAGUCCUUCAUGACAAGCCAAACCUAGACAGGCAGGAAAGACACACCAGAAGGGACACAGGAAGAGGAAGAAGUCCCAUCUGUGGGAGCAGAGCAGCCUUCAGUAGGUGGUACUGAGGGUGAAAAAGAAAUUAAGGGAAGUUACCCUGGUUCUGUAGCUGGGUCUAUAUGACUGUGCUGCACCCCACAGGCAGGAUGUGGAAUGCUUCUGGCCCUACCAGGGAGCACAGCUCACCAGGUUUGCUGCUGCAGCCAGAGGCCAGGGAGCAGAGGCUGGAGACCUGCAGGAAUGAUCUGGAUGUUUGUCUCUGGUUGGAGGCAAAGCAAAACGGCCCUCUGAGAAAGGACAGGGAGAAGGGGAGGCCUGGAGAGACACCAGGGAGGUGGGGGUAGGUGUGGUAUUCCUGGCAGGGCAUGAGCAGGAGGCAAGAGUUGUCUGGGCUGCUGGGCAGGGAAAGGAUUACCUCUGAGAAGUGUCAAAGUCAGGAAACCUUUUCUGGAGAGCUGUCGUCCUAGUUCUUUGCCUUACUCAGCUGGGAGACAAAAGGCUUUGGAGGAGUGGCUGCUAUUGACACUACAGAUAUAUAAGCUAUGUCUCUUAGGCCUUUAAGCAUCCCAGAAAAAAAAAAAAGGAAAGCACCUUAUCCAGCUGCCUUCAUGAGGGGCAAAAAUUCCUCAUCAAAUUACUGCCUGCAAAGCAAAUCCACUGGAUUGACAAAUUUGGAUGCAGUGCUGUCUACACCACUUCCUGAGCCUACGGACUGUUCACUGAUGAUGACCAUGUUUCAAUUUCCCCAAACCACAGUGCUCUACAUAUUUUGCUCUCUUUAGGGACUGAUAUCACUCCUCAACUUUUAUAGCAGCAUUCAGAGACAAACUCAACCAGUUACUGGGACUGAAUCCCCUCCUGUGCACAAGGAGCUCAGCUGGCAACAGCUUUCACUUCCCUCUCAUCUCUUGCCACAUCUGGAUGGUUGUACACUGGUGCUGUCUGCUUCCACAGCUGCUGCCAUCAGCUUGGAUUGCCAGCUGAUAUAUAUUGAUAUAGGAAGCCCCUAACCUGAACAACAUUCUUGUCUCAAGUGUCUUUUCCCAUAAGAAUAAGCUCUGCACGUCCACAUUACCUUUCUGUGUUUUGUGAGCAAGAGAUCCAAGAGAUGUUUAUCCAGAAACAGCUGGGGAAGAGAUCAGCUGACAUUUAUACAUUCUUGGCAGUCAAGGAAAGGUAAACUCCUCAACCAGACAAGGUGAAUGAAGUAUUUGCUACUGAAGGCAGUUCUGCACUUUCAUUUCCUGGUGAUUUUGCUUCAUGGGCCACCACAUAGAAAGCCAGUUGAUGUUCUUUUUCUCUGCCAGCUGGGCAGGAACCAGCAUUCCCUGGCCAUGUCUCCCAUUCCAGCAGCAAAGUCAAGUUGCUUCCCAGAGCAGCUGAGUCACAGACACAGGCUCUAUUGCUGCUGUUGCCUUUUAUAGUGACUACAUUUAAGAAUUAUCCUUAAAUGCAAUUAAAGCAAAAACCAGGACACAAAACUGAGGAAAUGCCCAUAUUCCUGUGUACCUCUAAUGGCAGGUCUGUCCUUCCCUUUGGUGGGAGCUUUGCAAUUCUGUAAUUAAAUGCUGGUUAGUCACUACAUGCAUUUUGCAGGACAAAUGAUGCCUGGGGCAAUCUUGGCCCCUGAGCCACUCAGCAGUGGCCUUUGCUUUUCUGUGUCCAGGUGUGCCAAGUGUUCCAAACGUGAGCAAGCUUGUCCCUGCUAACACAAGUCCCUCAGCUGCUCCAACACGAGGGUUUCUCACAACACCAGUAUUUGUGGCACCGCCUCACACCAGAGGUGACUGCACCACAAAAAAACAUCCCGCCCGUGCCAACUCUGGCAACAAUAAAUCAGCUCCACUGCCACUUCCAGGCUCAGUCCUUAAUAAGCAGCAUUUACAAGUGUCUUUUCUUGAGCUCUCUUUAAAAAAAGGUGGGGAGCACUUUACAGUCUUAGGGGAGAAGUGACUCGGAUGUAGGUGACUCUGCCAAUGAGACAUUCAUGAAGGCUGAAACUGCAGCUCCCUAACACAGAACGCAGAGAAGGGGCACAGAAGAGGGUUAAGCCAACUCCCUCAGGCUAUACUGAACCAAGGGUCUCAUGAGAGGGAAAAAAACCAAAGCUAUAUAGAUCCCAGUUCAUGACACAAAGCACACCUUGUCCUCAGCAGACAGGAACAUUUACUGCAGUCCUAGCCUCUGCUCAGCCCUUAGGCAAGGAAGGUGGAGAUUCUAAUGAGUUACUGCUUCUACUCCUGCCCUUGCCUUGCUCUUAGCACACAGGGGCUCAAGGUGCAGAAACCAAGCACCUCGUCCUGCCCAGACGAGCUGGAUGCUCCCAGUCAGGCAAGGACAGCUGGACCCUGCUGGAAGACCAGAGGUACCUGCACAUCUCAGCCUCUCUCCCUGCAGUGACAGAGGGAGUCAAACGCCAACCACUUUGCUGAGACACAGGUCACCCCUUCUUCAUCCAUGCUUUUUAAGGCACCAGGCAACACCACACACCAAUCUUCCAGCUGCCUCACGGAUAACUAAGACCUGAGCAACCCCUUCCUCUAUUUUCAGAUUCUACACUGCUCAACACUCCCCAGCACCAUUAGUAACUUCUAACACAGAGCAGCCUUGAGCAUUGAUACACCACUAAACAGUCAAAGGAUUAACAUCAAUUUUUAUUCCAAACAAGACAGAACUUCAGAACACCUGUAAUCCUCCUGGUCAUAUUUCAUGGAAUUCUUUAGAACACUGGACACACUAAUCUACUACUCAAACUAUAACAAUCAGGGAUAGGAUAAUGGCACUGCUGAAGGGGUUUCUUCUAAACAAACUAAAAGUUAAUGUUUAAAAGUUAAAUUUCUUCUACAAUGCUCAGCUAUGUCUUCAGGUGCUUAGCAACAAAAGCAAAAAAAUAAGCCUGCUUUAGAACAGCAAGUAGGAG